AUGAAUUCUUUAUGGCCUUCAGGGGUUUUAACUAUUACAGGCUGUACGAGUGCAACUGUACUGUCAAUUCAGCGUAGUCUACACUUCAAAAAACGAAUUACUCUUGAAGAUUAUGACAAGACGUAUAUAAGAUUAGACACAAGACGCGAUACUUCAAUACCUUUUGCUGAUAACCGACUUAACCGUCUUGCUUUUUCAACAUUGAUUUUGGCUGGUUUAUUUGUUUGGAAGCUUAAAGAGACUCUUGACAGUAAACAAGAUAAUGACUCCAUGUACUCUUUAACUGCUUCUAUUUGUGUCUUUCUUGCAUGGCUUUAUAUACUUAUGCUCGUCCUAAUCUCCCAUCGUUAUCGUCUUUCUAAUGCUUGGGGCUGGAUUCUCAAUGUUCAUCUGUCCGUUCUUUAUUUGUCUGAAUGGAUUGUGUCAAUUUAUUGUUUGUGGCAGCAAGUGUCAUCACAAACAGAUAUAGACUGGCUGCACAGCCUAUCCUAUGUGUUACCUGUUGUCCUUGAAUUCGAUAUGGUUUAUGUAACUAUUACCACAAAUUGGUGUGACAAAGUGGUUCAGGAUGUCACUAAGAAGAAGGCUGAUUUGACGGACAAAGACUUGCCUGUAUUGACUGCUGGGUAUCGUGCACAUAACAUAUUUUAUACUUUUGGUGCUUCCCCUGGACAAGGACUGAUUAAGCGAUCAUUGAUAACAAAUAAGGCAUCAUUUAUAGCUCAAUUGAUACUGAGUGUCAUUAGUUCAGGAUUGUACUAUGGACCUGCUUUCUUUAUCAAUCGGUUUUUGAAAUUCUUACAAGACCAUAGUAAUAGUGUCGAAUUCGGACAUCCUUUAAGGUGUGGCAUUUUCAUUGUUCUUUGCUUGGGUGGUGCAAUUACUGUCUCUGCUCGAAUUCGUUCCAUGUUAAAUGUUGAAGCAUACAAAAAGAUACUUCGUCGUAGAGAUCUUUCUUCUUCUGGUACUUAUAAGAAUAAAACAAAAGGCGAAGAACAUACUGCUACUGCUACUGCUACUGCUACUGCUACUUCAGGUACCAUUGUAAAUUUGAUGAGUACAGAUGCUAGCCGUGUAUCCAACUAUAGUGCUUCGUGGUUCUUUAUUCUUAAGGAAGCUCGUGAUGAACGUGUAUCAUUGAUGAAUGAGGUGCUUCAGGGUAUCCGACAAAUCAAGUUCUUUGCUUCAGAGGCUAACUGGGAAGAACGUGUCAUGAAGGCUCGUCUGCUUGAAUUAAGACAAUUAAAGAUGACUUAUAUUAACAACAUUGUUUACUCUCUUUUAUACAAUGGUUCGCCUAUUUUUUUAAGCUUGAUUACAUUCUUUUUCUUUACAAAAGUGCACGGUGGACAGCUCACUGCUCCUAUUGCGUUUACUGCUAUCAGCAUCUUUAAUGAACUCAGGCUUGCUCUGAUUCCCGAAAGCAUUGUUGUAGCGAUUGAAUCCUAUGCCAGUGUAAAGCAUAUUGAAAAGUUUUUAUUUGAAGAAGAAAUUGAAUAUACACUUCAACAAGACUCUGAAGUUGGUUUUGAACAGGCCACCCUCGGUUGGAAUGCAAACGGCAAAGAAAAUGAUUCAGGUUUUAUCUUGAAGGACCUCGACUUCAAGUUUCCUCAAAACGAUCUUGGUUUGAUUAGUGGUGCUACAGGUUCUGGAAAGACAUUGAUGCUACUUGGUCUAUUAAAAGAAGCUUUUGUUCUUGAAGGCAAAGUGUACUGCCCGCAUACUCCUUUGCCAGAAACUUUGGAAUCUGAAAUCGGUGCUCCUUCUGCGGAUAUUUCUGAUGAUUGGGUCCUUGACAGCGAUUUCACUGAAAUUGGCGAAAAAGGUAUUACAUUUAGUGGUGGUCAAAAGGCUCGAGUUGCUUUAGCUAGAGCAGUGUAUUCUCGUGCUCAAAAUGUAUUGAUUAAUGAUAUUCUUAGUGCAGUAGAUGCACAUACAGCAAAGCAUUUGUUGGAAAAAUGUCUAGUGGGCCCUUUGAUGAAGAAUAGAACGCAACAAUUUGCUCGUAUCGUUAGAAAUGAACAUGAAGAUUAUCAACAAGAGACUGAAGAUAAAUUUACUCCUAUUAUUGCCAAUGAAACAAAAGCAUCCAACACACCUAAACAAUUGAUUCAAGAAGAAAAACGUGAUUCUGGUUCAGUUAAGCUGAGACUCUACAAAUCUUAUUUUGGCUUGGCUGGCAAGAUGGUCUUUUGGCUUGGGAUGGUCAUUCUUGUUUUUGGUACUCGUGCUCUUGAAAUUGGAGAAAGUUGGUGGAUCAAGAUCUGGACUCAAUCGUAUGAACAAUAUUCUCGGGAUAUUUGGUACAAUUUCUUUUCAUUCAAGGUCUCUCAUUCUUCUCAAGAGCACCAUGGUUUACCUGAAGGCGUAGUUCACUUGAAAUUUUACUUGAGUGUUUGUAGUGCCAUUGCACUUUGUAGCGUAUUAUCAGGUGCAGCAAGAAAUGGUUAUUUAUUCUGGGGCUUGCUCGGAGCAAGUAAGACACUGUAUGCCAAUCUUCUUCAUCGUGUACUUGGUGCCCCGCUUCGUUUCUUUGGCAUAACACCACUUGGUCGAAUUCUGAGCAGAUUCUCAAAAGAUUUCGAUUUUGUGGACUCAAGCAUUCCUCGACAUCUCAUGAUAUUUGCAGUUCAAUGGAUAAACAUCUUUACUUCGGCUAUUACCGUUUGCAUUGUCAUAUCUGUCUUUACUGGUCCAAUAACGAUUAUCAUGGCAUUCAACAUUUGGCUUGGCAGGAACUAUAUCGUUAACUCUCAUGAAUCGAAACGUUUAGAUUCAGUCACUCGUUCUCCUGUUCUCUCUGCUUCUACAGAAAGUAUUACUGGGGUGGCUACUAUUCGAGUAUUUGGUGUAUCGCAACAAUUCUUGAAAAUUAUGAUGGGCCGCAUUGAUGAAAACAGUAUUGACGUUGCUCUGGCUGGUUUUACUUUAAGUUUGAUCUUGAUGUUUACUGAUAGUAUAUUUUGGGUUGUUCGCCUUUAUACUGAAGUCAAAAUGGGAUUCAACUCUGUUGAGCGUGUGGUUGAAUUCACUCAAAUUGAUCAAGAAGCUCCUCCGGUUACUGAAUCACGCCCUCCAGCUCAAUGGCUCUUGCAUGGUGCUAUUCGAGUCAAGGACCUUGUGACAAGAUAUGCUGCUGACCUGGAACCUGUAUUUAAAGGCAUCUCAUUCUCUGUUAAUCCAAAAGAAAAGAUUGGCAUCGUAGGUAGAACUGGUAGUGGUAAAUCAACUUUGGCUUUAUCGUUUUUCCGAUUUGUCGGGGUAUCUGAAGGAUCCAUUGUCAUUGAUAGUAUUGAUAUCAAGGAUUUGGGUACCAAGGAUUUGAGAUCCAAUUUGACAGUAAUUCCUCAAGAUCCUAUUUUGUUUUCUGGUACUCUUCGUUCUAAUAUGGAUCCCUUUGGAGAAUUUGAAGACAAAGACAUUUUUGCUGCUUUUCGCCGUGUACAUUUGAUUUCAGAAAAUGAUGGAGAACAGCAGGAUAUCAAUGCAAAUGUUGUUUCUGAAGGAGGUUGCAACUUUUCUCAAGGCCAACGUCAAUUACUUUGUUUUGCUCGUGCAUUAUUAAAACGAAGUCGCGUUGUGGUCAUGGAUGAAGCCACUGCUGGUGUGGAUUUCGAAACAGACAAAGCUAUUCAAAAUACAAUUGUUACAGAAUUUUCUGACAGUACUGUUCUGUGUAUUGCUCAUCGAUUACAUACAGUAAUUAAAUAUGAUCGUAUUUUGGUGCUGGAUCAAGGUCAAGUAAAAGAAUUUGAAGAUCCUCUAACGUUGAUUCAUAAUACUAAUUCCUUGUUCUACAAAAUGUGUCGCAACUCUGGUGAUUUUGAAAGGCAAAUGAACUAUGAACAAAGAGAUACCCAAGAAGGAGCUUCUCUUCUUGAACAACAACUUGAGCCUCACCAUAAGGAUUACCAUUCGACUUCUGAUUCAGCUCAUUACAAUAUAAUCAACAUUAAAGGACAAGUCAAUACUGUCCUUGAGGACUCCAACGACGCAUUCUCAUUGAAGAAACUAUUGAAAUAUACCGGUCCUGGCUGGCUCAUGGCGAUAGCUUACUUGGACCCAGGAAAUCUUGAAUCGGAUCUUCAGGCUGGCGCAAUUGCAGGAUACAAGCUAUUAUGGUUACUUUUUUGGUCACAUGUUGCUGGUUUAGCUAUUCAGAUCCUUUCUGCAAAAUUAGGUGUGGUUACUCAGAACCAUCUUGCUCAACUUGUCCGUAAAAACUAUCGACUUCCUGCAGCCUCAGCCAUUUGGCUGUUUACGCAGCUAGCCAUUAUUGGAUCCGAUAUUCAAGAGAUCAUAGGAACAGCCAUUGCGAUCAAGAUCAUUUUUGGCAUCCAGUUAUGGGUAGGUGUAAUGAUUACAGCCACAGACACUUUCUUUUUUAUGUGGCUGCAACAAUAUGGCGUGCGUAAGAUUGAAGUCUUUUUCAUUACAUUGAUUGGUAUCAUGGUUGCUUGUUUUGGAAUAGAAAUGUUUGCUUCUCAUCCAAGCUUUGAAUCUAUCCUUCAAGGUAUUGUUGUACCUGAAAUUCCUCCAGAAGCAAGAGUGCAAGCAGUGGGUAUGGUAGGUGCUGUCAUUAUGCCACACAAUAUGUUUUUGCAUAGUGCACUUGUAAUGUCCCGCCAUCUUGGUAUUAAUCCUUCUGUUAAGAAGAAGAAGGAAGCUAAUUAUUAUUUUGUUAUUGAAUCUACAAUUGCUCUCUUUAUUUCUUAUCUUAUCAAUUUAGCGAUUGUGGUUGUGUUUGCACAGGUGUUUUAUAAGCCUGGGCAAACAAUCACUGAUUUGCCUGGAUUGUACGAUGCCUCCAAAGUACUGUCAAACACGCUUGGAAAAAGUGCGAAAUAUUUCUGGGCAUUGGGUAUUUUAGCUGCUGGUCAAAGCUCAACCAUGACAGGCACUUUGGCUGGUCAAUAUGUUGUGGAAGGAUUUCUGGGCGCUGUAUUUAAGAAGCAAUGGCAUCGUGUUGCAUUAACCCGUGCAGUUGCUUUGGUUCCUAGCAUGCUGGUUGCAAUUCUUGCUGUAGAGCGUUUUGAUACUAUGGGCGAAUUCUUAAAUGUAAUGCAAAGCUUAUGUCUUCCAACUGCAAUUAUACCCAUCUUGAAACUGACAGGAUCAAAAGACAUUAUGACAGAUGUUUUCAAAAACUCAUUAUUAACAGACCUAGUCUGUUGGUCUAUUUCCUUUAUUGUCAUUGGGUUCAAUGUGCAUCUCUUUGUGAACUAUCUAGAUGACCUAGAUUGGCCAAUUUAUGGGGUUAUUUUUAGUGUUGUUUAUUUUCUAUUUGUGCUCUAUCUGAUAUACAUUCCCCUUGACAUCCCCAAUCCUAAGGAGAUUGAAGCAGACACUGAAGAAAGCCUUUAA